AUGUACACCUCAGCAGCAGCAAACAGCGAAACUCCCCACACCUCUUCCUCUCACUCUGAGUCAAUUGCAGCAGCACCAGCAGCAGCAGCAGCAGCAGCAGCAGCAGCAGCAAGAACAACUGCUGCAGCAGCAUCAGCAACAACGGCGGCAGCAGCAGCAGCAACAGCAGCGACAGUAACAGCAGAAGAAACAGCAGCAGCAGCUGCAGCAGCAGCAGCAGCAGCUGCAGCAGCAGCAGCAGCAGCAACAGCUGAAAUGAAACAGCUGCUGCAGUAG